AUGUCAGACAGGUCCCUCUCCUCCCUCGGCCUCCCAAUUGCCACUCUAUCCGCCCUCGAACGCUCUGGAUACGACAGAGUCAGCGAUCUAUCAGACUCUACCCCAGAACAACUGUCCAGAGAUGCGAACAUACCGCUUCCAGCUUCGCAGGCCGUCUUCUCCUCGGUCUCCCGGGCUACCGCGACCCCCGCCAUAGCCAUGACCCAGUCCGCCGCAUCUAUGAUGGGCGAGACCAAACUAUAUUCGACCUCCUGCGCCCCUCUCGACGACCUCCUCGACGGCGGCCUUAAGCGAGGACACAUUCUCGAAAUCAGCGGUCCUCCCGGCUGUGGCAAGGAGCAGAUAGCCGCACACGCCGUCAAGAGCUUCGUCGAAGCCCACGAACAUGUUCUCUUCGUCGACAUGCAGAACAUGGUUCCUCCCGCCACCAUCAAGAGAAUCCUCUGCGGUUCGUCUCCGCUAACGGCAUCGCACAGCCAGGCCCUAACGAAGCGCUUUGCCCCCCUUCUCGCAGGGGACGUGACGGCAGCGACUGAUGCCGAUGACAGCGAAAGAGGACUAGAUCUCGUCCAUUACCAGGCGCUGCACACGCCCGCCGAGUUCGUCGUAUUCAUCCGAACCCUGCCCGCGUAUCUCGAAGCGCGUCCGUCCGUCCGCCUACUCAUCCUCAACUCCUAUACAUUCCCCUUCCAGACCCUGGACUUCAAAGACAAACUCGCGCUCCUCGAGCGCGCGAAGCAAACGCUCGCGCGCCUGUGCGCUUCCACAAACCUUACCGUCAUUAUCACGAGCCAGCUCGUUUCUCAGCCGCUGCAAGUGGACGAGUCGGGCGACGCGCCGAGGGGGUCCAAGUAUGUCAUGAAGAGAGCGUUUGACGACAAGUACUACCCCUCGGGAAGGACUUUCCGAGUGCUCGUCGUGCCACAGCGCCCCCCGGAGAAGAGCGAGCGCGAGACCGGGGUCAUCCGUCUCCUUUCCACCCCAGCAACGACCAACGUGCCACCUGCGGGCGUCCGGGAGGCCAAGUACAGGCUUCUCGGGGGGGCGAUCCAGGGAAUGUGACGAGACUCACGAACACAACCCUCGACUUCCAGGCCAGCCGCGGCAGCAAGUAUGCUCGCCAAUGCCCGGUUGCGCAGCCGCACACACACACGCGCGUUCCGUCUUUGUGUGCCCGCUCUCUCCUCACAAGCCAUCCUUCACCGUGACACAUCCCCCACCGGCUU